UUUAACCUCUUUAUUGUCACUACCUGAUGCGCUUCCUCUACCUUGACGCACAGGUACAUGGAUUUGAUCGAGAACUCAAAUGAAAGUGGAAUUUUGGAGUCGAGUUUAUAUAAGGAACAGUCAAAAAUGGCUUAAAAAGGGGCAUGUUUAAUGCGAAGUGAAGAAGAUAGCAUUAAGUCGGGGAUCGGUUUUUGGAUGUAACGUGUAUACUAUUUUGGAGCCAGUAAGUCAUGUCUGCCAUUAGCACUGGCAGUCAGAGACACAGCUCUGGGCAUGGCAGUCACAGGCACGGACCAAGCCGUGGCAGUAGCCAGAGGUCAUCGUAUGAGGAGCGCUGUGUGGACCCAGUGGAAGACAAGCUACCCACUUCAGAAACAAAGACAGUCCAAAAAGCUCACCUGAAAGAUGCAGAUGGGAAGGAGUCUGAGACCAUUGGCUUCAUUCCUGGUUCAGCUGACCCUCCCUCUGCAGCACAAACUUGCCAUCCUUGUGCUUCUCCAAGGGGCUGUAGGAUCUUUGUCUGUAGUGUGCUGACCUGCGGCUUGUACAGAGUCUGCCAGCGUUCCAUCUUAGCUCCAUGCCUGGUGCCGAACGAGGGCUCUUCAGAUGAGCCAGAGAAGGUGAGUCUUCGCGCUGCAAAAGCAGGAGACAACAAAGAUGAGGAUGGCGUCGACUGGCUAGAGGAUGUCCAUAUUGGUGGAGUCAAAGUUGACAGUCCAAGAGAUUACUUAGAAUUUGAAACCACCUCUCCAGCAUAUGUGCCUUCAGCUGGUGGUCUAACACAGGCCGGCCACACAUCCUUACAUGAGUCUAUGAGGUUUGAUGACUGGGAGGUUGGUGGGGAGAAUGUGGACUCUCUGAUUACUAAGAAGUUGCUGGAGCUCUACUCUGAGUAUCAGAUCGAAGAGUUGGCCAGGUGCACCUCAGACUCUGUGUUCCUGAAGAAGAGCAAGGCCAUCAACCAGCUUAUCAACUCACUGGCAGAGGAGCACAAAAUGGACGAGCAAGAAGCAGAGUGUCGGCUGGUGCGCGGCAUCAUUCGUAUUAGCACCCGGAAGAGUACGAAGAGGAGGCCGCACACGUGCAGGAUGGAGAGGACACUGUCGGACAGCGGAAAUGAGACAAUGAGAGAGAGUCAGUCCUUCUCAUUCAGCAACAACAAUGACUACAAAUCAAAUCCAAACAUCCAAAUAUCAGAUCUGACCUCCUCUGACAUGUGUGCCAGGGAGAUGUGGAGAAAUAAUGGAGGUCAUACGUCCAGUUCGUCAAGAGCCUACUCACCUUCUAACACAGAGACCAACUCUUCAGGCGCUCCACUGAUUCACACCUCUGUGAGAACAUGAGUCCUGCUCCACUUGGCUGUUUAUGCUUGAAUUAUUUGCCAUACUGUGUCCACAAGGUCACAUAUGGGACUCUAAUGGGGACACCACUUGCACUUGAGUUUCUGGCUGAGCGGAAGCCAUGGCUUUACUGUGGAAAUAGAAAAUGUGAACGGCCACGCUAUCUGAAGGACUUCACUGAACUCAGGGCUCUGUGUGUAGAUAUUUAUGGUUGAUAAAUAUUAUGUAUGUAUUUGAAGGAUUGCUUGUCUGAGAGUUUGCCCUGCAGGCCGAUAUUACCAGCAGCUCAUACUGUAAAUAUUGUAUCACACGUAACCGUCCCCUCAUCCUUGAAGAACUGUUCAUGAAAUCUGACUCUGUUUAUUGCUGGUCAGGUGAAUGAGCUGUUGCUAUGCAAUAGAUUUUAAAAUCUAAUUCAGUAAAAUUUGAGUUUUUUGGCACAUUUCAUUUUCUUCUCAUAGAUUUGAUUUUAAACUAAUUUGUGUAGUUUUAAACUGUAUUCAGUGCUUUCAAUGUAGUGGAUAUGUAACACCUAUUUACAGCCAGGGAUUCUGAAUUUCUGAUCAUAAAUUUGGUUCUGAUCAUUUUCAUAAAGUGACAUAUUUUUAGUUAAUGAUAGAAGGCAUGGUAGUGUGCAAAAGAGGCAACAAUGUAAAAGACUGAAUUAAGAAUAUUUGGCAAAACAAAAAAGCUGUUUUAUAUGAUGGUUCAAAAUCCCCUUUUUGUGUGUGCGCACACAUGGGCAUAUUUACCAAAAUUCUGUUGAAGGAAUAGCUUGACAUUUUGGCAAAUAUGCUCAAUAGCUUUAUGGCUGAGACUUAAACAAUAAGAUUAAUACCACUUUCAUAUCUGUAUGCUGAAACCAAUUCUAUAGCUAGUUAGCUUAGUUUAGCAUAAUUUUUCAGUUCAGUUUUAUUUGUAUAGCGCCAAAUCACAAGAAAAGUCA